AUGUCGUGCUUCUCGGCAAGCACCGAAACGUCUGAUUUGGAAACAUCACCCUCGGUUAUCUUCAUCCGACCCGUCUUGUCACAGACAAACAAUCACAACAAACUGAGAUACGCCAGCUUUUCACGCUCCUCUCCGUCUCAACCUUCUCUUCCAGCGCACACGUACGGUAGAGCGAGAAGAAUCAGCGGCACAACCAUUGAAUCACUUCUUCCAGAUAACCACGCGGGUGCUUUACGACACUCCAUCAUCUCCUCACUAUACCCGUUUCGUAUCAGCGAACCUAGACCGGAUUUGCUUCCGCAUGUUGUGUGGCAGUCCAAACCUUCGAGUUUCCAAGCAACCCGCUAUUGCCACACCGUCUUUCUCCCGCUCUUCUUCCCACUAUGCACGUUCUCACUGAUCAUCCACGCGUGCUCAAUGCACAUGCUCCUCGUCCUUCUUCAUCCUAACUAUUCUUAG